GUUAAAAAUGUCGUAUGGCAUAAACGUCUGAAUUGUAUCUAAAUAAAAAUUUUGUAUUUUCUUCGUUAAUUUCAUUUAUUUCUAACAAGAAAUGGCUGUGUUAGCUGCUGCCCAGCUCUUAGAUGAGCUUAUGGGUCGGAAUCGUAACAUUGCACCAAAUGAGAAAGUCAAAGAAUUGAAUUGGGAAGACUCCGAGUAUUGUAAAUAUUAUAUGGUAAAAUUUUGCCCGCAUGACUUAUUCGUGAAUACACGAGCCGAUUUGGGUGCAUGUCCUAAAGUUCAUGACGAUGAAGUUAAAGCACAAUUCGCUGUAGCCAGAAAUACAAAAAAGUUAAUGUAUAUGGAAGAAUUUUUAAGAUUCUGUUCGGCAAUGGUUAACGAAGUUGAACGUAAAAUUGCAAAAGGGAAACAGCGUUUAGCGCUUUCUGGUAAAGGUGUUUUAAUUAAUUCAACAAGUGGAAACAACGAAAAUAGUGGACCAACAUUAAUAACUCCCGCACAAACACAACGAAACAAUGAACAGAUUCAAUUAUUAUCAGAACGUAUUAAUGGAUUAGUUGCAGAAGCAGAAAAAGCGGGUACCGAGGGUAAUGUGGAACAAGCUCAAGGCCUAAUGAAACUUUGUGACCAACUUAAGGAGGAAAGAGAACAAUUACGGAAACAAAAUGAAAACAGCCAUUGGACAGCUACAGCAGAGUUAGCUGCAGCACAAGAAAAGCAAAUGGAAGUUUGCGAAGUAUGUGGUGCUUUUUUGAUAGUUGGCGAUGCACAACAACGCAUUGACGAUCAUUUAAUGGGAAAACAACACAUGGGAUAUGCCAGAUUGAAAGCUGCUGUAGAAGAAAUUACCUUAGAAGUUGAAAAAUGGCGUGAAGAACGGAAAAAUCCACGCAAUAUGACCUUAGGUGGUAGUGGUGGAGGACUCGGAUCUGACGACAGAAGACGAGAACGAGAACGUGAUCGUGAUCGAGAACAUCGCGAAAGACGUGACCGUGAGAGAAUAGACAGAGAAAGGACAGAUCGUGAAAGAGAAAGGACAGAUCGUGAACGUGUAGGUCGUGACAAGGAUAGAGAGCGACGAGAACAAAGGAAAGAAAGACGUGACAGAAGUAGAGAUCGUGGUGAUCGGCAUUACAGACAUGGAAUGGAAAACAGCCGUGAUGUAAGAAAACAUCACGGUGGUUCGGCUCGCGAUUACUAUCAUCAUCACAAUUCGAGACAUUCACGUCGUUAAUCUUCAUACCUUUCCUGUGAGCAGUAUUGACCAGUAAGAGAAACGUUAGUCAGCUACGAAAAAACAGGUGAGCCAAUAUCAAGUUAACAAAAUACUGCAAAUCAAAAAAAAAUCAAAAAAACAACAUUACCCAUAUCGUCAAGUAAAAAAAAAAAAACUUAUCAAAUACGUAUUAUUUAUGCGACCCACACACAAAUGAUGACGUCACCAGAUUCUACGUUCAAGAGAUACUCGAGGUGAUAUAUAUUGUCUAUAUUAUAUUAAUUGUUAUGAUUCCAUUUUCAAAAUGUAAAUAAAUUUCAAAUUAUUAAUUUCUUUAUUAGUAAAUACUUUUAUAAUUAUCAAAUGUAAUUAAUUAAUUAAAAAUAAUAACGGAACUAUU